AUGUCGACUGAAGCAAAUACUAGAAACGGACAACACAACCACCAUCUUUAUCCCAAUAUAAUUCACGACGCUUCUGCAGAUUCCGCUGGUAUUAUUGCGUCCGAAUUAGCUGCAGAGGAUGGGAGUUUGUUCAACAAUUCUGUUUUGAAAUCUCAUAGCUAUGGGGCUACUGAAAGUGAAACUCCUGAAUCAUAUGAAAUUGACGAGCCUAAUGGUGGUUACGCUUUACCGAAGAAGCAAUUGAUCACAGUGGUUUCAAGUUUAUUUAUGGCUUCGUUUUUAGCGGCGUUGGAUGCUACAGUGGUAACAACAUUACUUGCCGUCAUCGCGUCUGAAUUGAAAGCAGUGAAAAAUAUAUCUUGGAUUGCAACCUCAUACUUACUAUCAUCGUCCGCAUUCCAGCCAAUUUUUGGAAAAUUGUCGGAUAUCUUUGGACGUAGAUUUAUUUUGAUUGGAUGCUCACUUAUGUUUGGUAUUGGAUGCACAAUCUGCGUCACUGAUUCAUUGUGGUGGUUGGUAAUUGGUAGGUUCAUAACUGGAUGGGGUGGUUCAGGUCUCACUGCAGUGGGUACGAUAACCAUGUCGGAUCUCAUCCCAUUGAGAGAUCGCGGAUUAUACCAAGGGUUGGCAAACAUAUGCUAUGGGUUAGGAGCGGCAUCUGGUGGAUUCGUUGGGGGUAUUGUGGCUGACACAUUGGGGUGGAAAUAUGUAUUCAUCUUGCAAGUACCACUCGCUGCUAUUGUUGGCAUUGCCAUCUAUUGGAAUUUAAAUCUUCCUGCUGGCUCACCAGGUUUAGGUGCCCAUGGACAAGAUAUUAAGCAAAAAUUGAAAAGAGUUGAUUUUUUGGGAAGUUUUUGCUUGAUUAGUGCAUUGAUGUUGUUUUUAACGGCAACAUCAAUGGGAGGAAGAGACAUUGCAUUCACGUCCAAUUUGUUUAUCUCGUUAUCGGUAGCAAGUUUUGCCUUGAUACUCGCCUUUUUGUAUGUGGAGGCAUAUGUCAGUGAGGAGCCGAUUAUUCCAAUCGAGUUGCUUGGAAAUAGAACUGUGUUGGCUUCGUCUUUAACCAAUUGGUUUUACACAAUGGGGAUUUUUGCGAUUAUGUUUUAUGUUCCAGUAUACUAUACGUCCGUCCUUUACUUAACAGCAAGCGAAAAUGGUUUACGUUUGGUGCCCAAUUUUAUUGGUAUUUCAAUGGGUUCAGUUGGUGCUGGGUUGUACAUGAAACGUACCGGACGUUAUUACAACUUAGCAGUUGCCGCUGGAAUUUUAGCCAUUUAUGGUGCAUACAGGGUCACUCGUCUUGAUACGCAUACCCCGACUUGGCAACAGUUUUUGAUGAUGCUUCCACAAGGUAUGGGGUACUCCUGCAUUUUGACAAUUACACUUCUUGCUUUGAUCGCGGCAACUCCAAUGAAGUAUCAAGCUUGCACAACUUCGAUCCAAUACACAUUUAGGUCAACAGGGUCCACCUUGGGUGUUUCAGCAGCUUCAGCCAUUUUUCAAACGGUGCUUGGACUGAGCUUGAGAAAGAAAAUUUGGGAUUUAGUAAAGGAUCUAGAAGAAGCUAAAAAGAUUAUUGCAAGAGCUUUGGACGAUACCAACUAUGUUCACGAGGCACCAAAGUACGUUAGGGAAGCAAUCAGAUCUUCUUACGAUGAAGGUUGUAGAGGAGCAUAUUACUUUGCAUUGAUUGUUCUCAUCAUUGGUGUUAUCUCAUCAUUGUUUAUGAGAGAACACAAAUUACACACAAGCCUUAAUAGAGAUUGA